UUCGUAAUUAUUGUCAUGUCUGAGGGUUGUUUCUUGGAGCACUUGGAUCCCAAAUGUAAGCAUAGUAAAUUUAGUAAACCCUCGGGCGCCUCUCUUCCACCUCCCGGCGUUCUCGAUUCCGAUCAGCGUUCUCUGCUCUUCCAUCGAUGCCGAGAAGGGUUUUUUGCAAGUACUUUGCAUGUGGAACAUGCUUGAAGGGAGAGUAUUGUGAUUUUUCUCAUGAUUGGAGGGAUCAACGUAACAAAGUAUGCACCUUUUAUCAAAAGGGACUCUGCAACUAUGGCCGUAGAUGUAGAUUUAGCCAUGUCAUAGUUUCUGGAGAUGAAACGUCUGUAGCAACAUCUUCAGAACCUUGUUCUCAAAUAGAAUCAAGUUAUUCUCGAGUUUCUUUUCCAUCAAGAGCUUCCAGAAAUCAAGACACCAGUCAAGCUUUUAGUAUUCCAACUGUUUUGGCAGCCUCAAGCCAAUCUCAUAUACCUUGUGAAGGUGCACAAAAUCAGGCGAUUGGUUCUCGUACUUUUCCAACUAAUGCAAAUAUCCAUGUCUCUGAUAAUAGCCGUCCUCCAUUUGAUGUCCAACUUUGUUCUUUUAAUCACAUUGGUAGUUGUCCACAUGGUGAGAGCUGCCCUCAUAUUCACGGAGACUUAUGUUCUAUUUGUGGGAGAUAUUGCUUACAUCCAUUCCAUCAAGAAGAAAGAGACAAACAUAUAGAAUCUUGUCACAGAAACAGCAAAGUUCUUGAAACUUUGAAUCACAGUAAGGAAAUAGAAUGCAGUAUUUGCUUAGAACGGGUACUCUCUAAACCUACAAAUACUCAGUGGAAGUUUGGAAUAUUACCAGAGUGUGAUCAUCCAUUUUGCAUUGAAUGCAUUCGGAAUUGGCGUAGUAACUCUCCUUCUUCUGGCAUUGAUUUGAACACUGCAUUAAGGGCCUGCCCUGUUUGCCGACAGCAUUCACAUUUUGUCAUUCCCAGUACUACUUGGUUCUCCACAAGUGAAGAAAAACAACAGAUUAUCAAUAGCUACAAAGAGAAACUCAAGUCAAUUGACUGUAAGUAUUUUGAUUUUGGAAAUGGGACAUGCCCCUUUGGGGCUAUCUGUUUCUACAAGCACACUAUUCGGCCAAAUGCGAGUUGCCAGAAUUCUGAUAGGUCUUACAGAUAUAGGCCACGUCCACACAGGUCUAGACGACCAGAGGAAGUGGAUGAAGAUGCAAUGGAUGGUUUCGUACUUGUUAUGAACUACGAGUUAGCUAACCUUGCCGCCCUCCUCGAUUCAGAUGAGGAACAGGAGAAUCUUGACGACUACGACGACGAUGUCGGCAGUUUGUUAGCGAUGAGUUUCCUACUUAUGCAGAUGGAUGAAGAAGGAAUAGCAAGCUAUGAAGAUAUUUAGCCUCAUUACUCGUGAGUGAUUUUUGUUUAGUCAUCCUGUGGCCCUUGUUUCUGAAUUAAACAAUCAGCACUCUGAAAAAGAAUUAGAGAUGCGAAUUACUUCACAUCUUCACUGCUCGAAACCCUGUGAUUGCAAUAUAUUUUCAAUCCAAUGAAUGAUAUUGUAUAUUUUUUAAAUCUUCAAUUAUGCAUGAUAUAUUUGUUUUUCUUA